GUUCAAGGGAGCAAAUCAUUUGUUAACAGAUAUGGCGACUUACGAUGAAAAGGAAAAGAUUUGGAGUGGACCCCAGGAAGAGAGCUCCAUUUUUAAGGCUGACAAGUCUUUGGGAAAUAUCAUAUUCAAUGCCUUGCAAAAUUGGCCAAAAAAUAUGUGUCAGAUAUGUGAUGACGAUGGACAAACUUUUGAGCAAACCCUUUUCUGGUCUACUCGAAUUGCCCAGUUUUUUAAGAGAAAAGGUCUUAACCAUAACGAUGUGAUUGGUAUUAUGGCUGCAAAUAGUAUUUAUUUGUCCCCUCUUGGGAUUGCUUGUUUUUUUAAUGGAACACCUUUCCAAGCGAUGAAUCCAUCUUUAGACGAAGCCAGCACAGCCGAGCUUUUGUCAAAGACUAAGCCCCCCAUAAUAUUUUGUGAUGAAAAUGUUUAUGAGAAAGUAAAGUCAGCCUCGAGUAAAUGGCACCCCGAAAUCUACACGAUCACCGGAAAAGUUCUAGGAGUGCCAAGCAUUGAAGUUCUUGCGGAAACCACAGAAACUGAAGAUGUCUACCACCCAGAACCUUUGGCAGACGGUUGUGGACAGACUGUGGCCAUUCUUUGCUCUUCAGGGACAACAGGCUUUCCAAAGCUCAUUGCCAUUUCAAAAAGGACUUUCGAACGACCUAUUAAUUUGAGUGUCGGAUUGGUUUUCUAUACGCACAGUAGUCUGGAUUGGUUAACAGGUCUUUUGACAAUGGUUUUAUGCAUUUUAUCCGGCAUUACCCAAGUCAGAAGCAGCAAGCCCUUUACACCCGAUUACUUUGUCCAACUGGUGAAAAAGUACAAGGUCAAUUGGACGUAUUUGGCGCCACGUCAUAUUGCAUCCCUGAUCUCUUGCCUUGAUGUCACAUCUGAAGCUAUGGAAUCCGUUCGCGUGUUGUCCUACGCCGGAGGUACAGUUUCCUUGGCCACUCUGGAGCGAGCCAAAACGAUUUUCAAUAAGGCCAUAAUCACAUCGACCUAUGCAUUAACAGAGUGCGGAAUUUUGGCACAAAAUUUUACAAACAGUAACUUCUCCUCGGCCGGCACACCGUUUUAUAACGUCAAGUUCCGGAUUGUUGAUGAGUUUGGCAAUAACCUGGCCCACAAUCAGGUGGGAGAGAUAUAUGCGCAUACAGGGCGACCUUGGAAUGGUUAUUACGGAAGUCAAGAAGCCACAAGGAGUUUCCAGGACUCAGAGGGUUGGUUCCAUACGGGAGAUAUGGGUUACUUUGACAGUGAGAACUUCUUGUAUAUAGUGGAUCGGAAAAAGGAAGUCCUCAAGUACCAGGGUCUGCAGUACUGGACCACUGAGAUCGAGGAAGUUAUUUCGGAGCUUCCUCAAGUGCGAGAUGUUUGUGUUGUCGGCAUUUAUGAUGAGAAAGUGGGCGAUGAGGCUGGAGCCUUGGUUGUGAUCAGCCAUGGAUCCAAUAUAACUGCAAAGGAGAUUGUGAAUCACGUGGCCGAACGGCUGCCCGCAAUCCAGAAACAACUCCAUGCUGGAGUCCAGUUCACCGAAAAGAUACCAGCGAAUCCAAAUGGGAAAACAUUGCGGAAGGCAGCGCGUGAAGAGUUCACUGCCAAAAAGCUACUCACAAGUGGUUAAAUGUAAAAUUAAAAAUUAACAUAACACAAUAUAAAUAUAACUAUUUACUGAUUUAAAAUUCCAA